AUGAGGAAGCAAGAGGUGCGGACCGGCAGGGAGGCCGGCCAGGGCCACGGCACAGGCUCCCCGGCGGAGCAGGUGAAAGCCCUCAUGGAUCUGCUGUCUGGGAAGGGCAGUCAAAGCUCCCAGGUGCCUCAGGCCCUGGACAGGACACCGGACUCCUCGCUGGGGCCCUGCAGCAGUGAUUCCAUGAUACAGAGGCACCGCAAGGCCCUUCUGAGCAAGGUGGGAGGUGGCUCGGAGCUGGCCGGACCCUGGCACAGGCUGGCCUCCCUCCUGCUAGUGGAGGGCCUGACGGACCUGCAGCUGAGGGAGCACGACUUCACACAGGUGGAGGCCACCCGCGGGGGUGGGCGCCCCGCCAGGACCGUCGCCCUAGACCGGCUCUUCCUGCCUCUCUCCCGGGUGUCUGUCCCACCCCGGGUCUCCAUCACCAUUGGGGUGGCCGGCAUGGGCAAGACCACCCUGGUGAGGCACUUCGUCCGCCUCUGGGCCCAUGGGCAGGUCGGCAAGGACUUCUCGCUGGUGCUGCCUCUGACAUUCCGAGAUCUCAACACCCACGAGAAGCUGUGCGCUGACCGACUCAUCUGCUCCGUCUUCCCGCACAUUGGCGAGCCCAGCCUGGCGGUGGCAGUCCCAGCCAGGGCCCUCCUGAUCCUGGACGGCUUGGAUGAGUGCAGGACGCCUCUGGACUUCUCCAACACCGUGGCCUGCAUGGACCCCAAGAAGGAGAUCCCGGUGGACCACCUGAUCACCAACAUCAUCCGUGGCAACCUCUUUCCGGAAGUUUCCAUCUGGAUCACUUCCCGUCCCAGUGCAUCUGGCCAGAUCCCGGGGGGCCUGGUGGACCGGAUGACGGAGAUCCGCGGCUUUAACGAGGAGGAGAUCAAAGUGUGUUUGGAGCAGAUGUUCCCCGAGGACCAGGCCCUCCUGGGCUGGGUGCUGAGCCAAGUACAGGCCGACAGGGCCCUGUACCUGAUGUGCACCGUCCCAGCCUUCUGCAGGCUCAUGGGGGUGGCGCUAGGCCACCUGUGGCGCAGCAGGACGGGGCCCCAGGACGCAGAGCUGUGGCCCCCGAGGACCCUGUGCGAGCUCUACUCGUGGUACUUUAGGAUGGCCCUCAGCGGGGAGGGGCAGGAGAAGGGCAAGGCAAGCCCUCGCAUUGAGCAGGUGGCCCACGGUGGCCGAAAGAUGGUGGGGACAUUGGGCCGGCUGGCCUUCCAUGGGCUGCUCAAGAAGAAAUACGUGUUUUACGAGCAAGACAUGAAGGCGUUCGGUGUGGACCUCGCUCUGCUGCAGGGUGCCCUGUGCAGCUGCUUCCUGCAGCGGGAGGAGAGGCUGGCAUCGUCGGUGGCCUACUGCUUCACCCACCUGUCCCUGCAGGAGUUUGUGGCAGCCGCGUAUUACUAUGGUGCAUCCAGGAGGGCCAUCUUCGACCUCUUCACUGAGAGCGGCGUGUCCUGGCCCAGGCUGGGUUUCCUCACGCAUUUCAGGAGCGCAGCCCAGCGGGCCAUGCAGGCAGAAGACGGGAGGCUGGACGUGUUCCUACGCUUCCUCUCCGGCCUCUUAUCUCCGAGGGUCAAUGCCCUCCUGGCUGGCUCCCUCCUGGCCCAAGGCGAGCACCAGGCCUACCGGACCCAAGUGGCUGAGCUCCUGCAGGGCUGCCUGCGCCCCGAUGCUGCAGUCUGUGCACGGGACAUCAAUGUCCUACACUGCCUACACGAGCUGCAGCACACAGAGCUGGUCCGCGGCGUGGAGGAGGCCAUGGAGAGCGGGGCCCUGGCCAGGCUGACUGGUCCUCCGCACCGCGUCGCCCUGGCCUACCUCCUGCAGGUGUCCGACGCUUGUGCCCAGGAGGCCAACCUGUCCCUGAGCCUCAGCCAGGGUGUCCUUCAGAGCCUGCUGCCCCAGCUGCUCUACUGCCGGAAGCUCAGGCUGGACACCAACCAGUUCCAGGACCCCGUGAUGGAGCUGCUGGGCAGCGUGCUGAGUGGGAAGGACUGUCGCAUUCAGAAGAUCAGCUUGGCAGAGAACCAGAUCAGUAACAAAGGGGCCAAAGCUCUGGCCAGAUCCCUCCUGGUCAACAGAAGUCUGACCUCUCUGGACCUCCGCGGUAACUCCAUUGGACCACAAGGGGCCAAGGCGCUGGCAGAUGCUCUGAAGAUCAACCGUACCCUGACUUCUCUGAGCCUGCAGAAGAACAGCAUCGGGCCCAUGGGAGCCCAGCGGAUGGCAGAUGCCUUGAAGCAGAACAGGAGUCUGAAAGAGCUCGUGCUCUCCAGUAAUAGUAUUGGUGAUGGAGGUUCCAAGGCCCUGGCCGAGGCCCUGAAGGUGAACCAGGGCCUGGAGAGCCUGGAUCUGCAGAGCAAUUCCAUCAGUGACGCAGGAGUGGCAGCACUGAUGGGGGCCCUCUGCACCAACCAGACCCUCCUCAGCCUCAGCCUUCGAGAAAACUCCAUCAGUCCCGAGGGAGGCCAGGCCAUCGCUCAUGCCCUCUGCACCAAUAGCACCCUGAAGAACCUGGACCUGACAGCCAACCUCCUCCACGACCAGGGUGCCCAGGCCAUCGCAGUGGCAGUGAGAGAAAACCGCACCCUCUCCUCCCUUCACCUGCAGUGGAAUUUCAUCCAGGCCGGCGCUGCCCAGGCCCUGGGACAAGCACUACAGCUCAACAGGAGCCUCACCAGCUUAGAUUUACAGGAGAACGCUAUCGGGGAUGACGGAGCGUGUGCGAUGGCCCAUGCGCUGAAGGUCAACACAGCCCUCACUGCUCUCUAUCUCCAGGUGGCCUCCAUUGGUGCUCCGGGUGCUCAGGUGCUAGGGGAAGCCUUGGCUGUGAACAGAACCUUGGAGAUUCUUGACUUAAGAGGAAAUGCCAUCGGGGUGUCUGGAGCCAAAGCCCUGGCAAAUGCUCUGAAGGUAAACUCAAGUCUCCGGAGACUCAAUCUUCAAGAGAAUUCCCUGGGGAUGGGCGGGGCGAUAUGCGUUGCCACGGCACUGUCUGGAAACCACAGGCUCCAGCAUAUCAACCUCCAAGGAAACCACAUUGGGGACUCCGGGGCCAGGAUGAUCUCAGAGGCCAUCAAGACAAAUGCUCCCACGUGCACUGUUGAAAUGUGAGCAAAAGGAGUUCCUGGUGGAUGGAGCAGGAGGAUGGGCAGAGACUCAGCUGGAAGCUUUUGAACAGAAAGGCCGACUUCUGGGGACCUGCUGGGAGCUGGGAACGCUGCUCACUCAGCACGAGAGUGGGGCUCUGCACGGAGAAAGGAGAGGUGCUGCCAGAGGAGGUCGUGAGCUCCCUUCCUGGUGCAGGAGUGGUUCAGGCAGGGGGCGACGGGUACUCUGCUAUGGCACAGAGGAGGGAGGGGGCCACCACCAAGGGACUAGGGGACAAAGGCCUGAAGCUCAGCAGUGUAGGAGGCUGGUUCCAGCUUAUUUACACCCUGAGUACUUCAUAUGCCCCCUACCUUUAAAAAUGUUUAUUACUGCCCCGUUCCACUCACCUGGUUAAAAAUCAUCCCAUGCUCUGAGAUAAGCUGCCAUCUCAAGCUCGUGAGGAGCAUCCAUGUGGCAGGGGCAACAGAGGGGACCCUUAUUUUUUCAAGAAGAAAGUUUUAGGGUAUCAUCCUUACAGACAUGAAAAAACUAUAGGAAAAUUGUGAAGAUAAAUGAGUUUUAAUUCUAGCAUUCUGGAAACAGAGACAAUAGAGUUCUUCAAGGAUUCUGCCUUUUUUUUUUUUGUUUUUGAGAUGGAGUCUUGCUCUUGUCACCCAGGCUGAAGUGCAGUGGUGCAAUUCGGCUCCCUGCAACCUCUGCCUCCCAGGUUCAUGUGAUUCUCCUGCCUCAGCAUCCCCAGUAGCUGGGAUUACAGGCACCUGCCACCAUGCCCAGCUAAUUUUUGUAUUUUUAAUAGAGACGGGGUUUCACCAUGUUGGCCAGGCUGGUCUCGAACUCCUGACUUCAGGUGAUCAGCCUGGGCCUCCCAAAGUGCUGGGAUUACAGGCGUGAGUCACCGUACCUGGCCCCAUUUUUUAUUUAUUACAAAAUCAAAGACGUGGGUGAUACCUGGCACAUGUUAUCUGGAGUCUGGCACACUGGUUAUCAAUAGCACAUUCAAUGUAUUCAGUGAUGUCAUUCUUUCUUUAAUUUUUUUUUUUUUGAGACAGAAUCUGUCACCCAGGCUGGAGUACAGUGGCGUGAUCUUGGCUCACUGCAGUCUCUACCUCUUGGGUUCCAGUGAUUCUCCUGCCUCAGCCUCCCAAGUAGUUGGGUCUACAGGCACACACCACCACACCCAGCUAAUUUUUAUAUUUUUAGUAGAGAUGGGGUUUCACCAUGUUGAUCAGGCUAGUCUCAAACUCCUGACCUCAAGUGAUCUGCCCGCCUCAGCCUCCCAAAGUGCUGGGAUUACAGGUGUGAGCCACUACACUUCCUUAUUAGGCUUCCAAAGCCACUGCUGUGGCCACAGCUUCCAUGGAGACAGGCAAGCUGAGCCUCUAUGUGGCACCAAUUCCUGCAGCUGUUUGUGUUGGAGGGAAAAAAAUCCAAAUGGACAUCACAGCUCUCAUUAACUAAAUAACCACAGAAAAUAUUUAUUAAGAUUAUAAAGCAAUGAUCACUUCUGAAUUUGAAAGGAAUCGCUAUUUGAAAUGUUUCUUCAAAAGUGAGCAACUGGACAGGAUGCUGACAUGGAUGCUAAGGCCAUGGCUGAAGGCUUACUUGGGAAGAUGAUAUCCUUGCAGUCUCAAAACAGCACCCCACAAAGGUGAUAUCCUAAUUUACAAAGGGAAAAAGGUACCUUUAAUCUGAAAUCUGGCAAAUGCAGCCUCAACAGAAGUGACAGAAUUGAACAUCGCCAAUAAUGGGACACGUGGACAUCACGUGCCCCCAGUCUGAUGCAGCACGGAGUCGUCUGAUGUAUUCUUGUCAAAAACUGUUUGCCUGAUUCUAAUCAUUGAAGGGACAAUUAGAAAAAAAUCCAAAUUGACAAAUAUUCUGCAGAAUAAAUGGCCUAAACUCAUAAAAAACAUCAAUGUCACGAAAAAUGCAAAACGUUGCAGAUAGUGUGAAAUUGAAGAUUACAGAGAUAUAACUUAAUGCAAGAUCUUUGACUGGAUCCUAGACUGGAGGAAAAAGUCUGUUACAAAGAACAUUUGGAUCACUUGUAGUAGCUAGGAAAUAAAACAAAACAAAACAUUAUUUGUAAAAGGGGGGAAAUCUGAACAUGGGUCUUGCAGUAUUUAUGAUGGUUUUUGCUGGGCAUAGACUUCUAGAUUGACAGCUGUUUUAGUACUUUUAAGGUGAUGCUCUGUCUGCCGGUUUGCAUUGUUUCUGUCUGAGUUAAGAGCUUAGCAGAACAGAGUUGCAGUAGCCAAACGCUGGAGAAAGCUGGGCCCUACAGAAACCUAACACUGAGGAAACCUCAGGAGCCAAAGUGGUGGAGAAAACAAACAGUCCUCCCUCUCUCCCUUUUCAAAUAAUGUUCAUACAUCUUCAAGCUGUCUGAAAUGGUUAAAGAGUUCAGUCUGUCAUCAGGGACACACCAGAGCCAGCCAGCCCACACAGACCCCAUCAGAGCAAAAGAGACAAGACAAUUUAAUUCAUAUCCACACAGAAAGGACUUCUAGGUAGGAGAUAUACCCUUUAGCUCCCUUCCAAUUAAAGGAGUCCUCAAUUCUAGCACCUGAGAGUCCCCUGGGUCUAACAGCUGUGAUAUUUAUGUAGUGUGUUGCUUACCUAAAUGAAUACAAUUUCCUUCCAGACAUGUGACACUGAUAUUAAAGUGCUAAUGAGAGGGAUCUGUUUCUUCUUGUCCAAGCUAAAAGAGAAACAGUCGUUCAGAUUUCCCAUCAGAAGUCCGAGGACUUUGUUCUUGAUAACUACUACCAAUAAAAAUUGAGUAUUUGAAAAA